UGACUGUUGUAAUAAAUGCCCGUAUUAACCACACCAAGACAUGGAUGUUGUGACAGCUAGACGACAACUAGCUGAAGUUCUUGGAGAACGCUGUUCGACAUAUUGGAGUACGCUGAGACAGUGGUACAAACACAAGAUAACAAAGUCAGAAUUUGAUGAUCAAGCUAGAGCUUUGUUGGGGGAACAGAAUGUUCAUUGUCAUAAUGAGUUCCUACUUGCCAUCCUUGCCAAGUGCCAAAUUGUACAACCACAGCUAGAACAAACAGAGCCAACAGGAAAUUCUGUUAGGCAUUCUUUGUCUCUAUCUGGUUCUGUCGAUUCAGGAAGCCAUGGAGGACUGUCUCAUAGGAAGCAAUCGGCUGUACUAGAGGAUCAAAAAGACACAAGCUUGGCUACUAAACGGAAACAUCGGCUUAGCUCGACACACUUUGAGACUGUAUUCUCACCAGUGUCAAGUGGCUUUAUGCUUUAUUCAGCCGACUGUAUGGAAAGUCUACAACACCAGGAUUACGCUCGUGCCAAGCAGAUCCAGUUGUGCUCUCAGGAUAUGUGCUUGCCCGAUGCAAUAUCUCUUUAUGGGCGUCUUUUACUGCUGGCACUAGACAUGGAACUUGACAAUGUUGCUGAUGAUGUUCCUCACCUUGUCGCUUUAGCUGUGGAGGCUUUUAUUAAGAACGUUUUUGAAGGUGUUGUUGGGCGACGGAAGUCAUACAGCUUGCGUGAUGGUCAUUUUAGGCACUCUUACUUGUGGGAUCCUCCACUACAGAAAAGGCAGAAGAUUUAUAAUUCACGGGGAACCAAAACCAUAGACACUGGACCAUCAAUGACGGGAAGUAAGCUACCUACUCGAUGUCAGCGAGUUUUAUGCAGAACAAGUGAAAGUGAAGCAGCUCAGAUUUUAUCAGCACGUGUGCAUGGACAAAGAAGAGGCUUGAUAACACUAGUCGAACUAAGAGAUACAUUACAGGUUGACCGACGAUUGGUUCCAAGCAAUGCUGUAUUGUGUACUAACAUGGAAAGGCUUCUGGCGAAGAUAUGGCACUCUGGAACUCUGGAGCAAAACCAUGAUUUCUUAUAUAGACAUACUUUGCAAAGACUGUCAUGAAAUCAAACGUUAACCUGUUGAAUGUCAAGCAACUGCAUCAUGAGCACUAGAGAAUUGUGUGUGUCAGAAUGCUAGUAUACUAAAUAAUAGUAAAUAAUAAUACAGAAUUAGUAAUGAUGCAAUACAGUACUGUAGU